AUGGAUUCAGUUGAAGAUAAAAAAGGUACAACUUUUUUUGUUUACAAGCACGAUGGAAUAGGCAAGAUAUUCCUAUGGUCAACAAUAAUAAGCAAAUUACGAUCUAAAGGCAAAAUUGUACUUCUUGUUGCAACUUCAGGAAUUGUUGCAUUGUUGUUACCAGAAGGAAGAACAACACAUUCAUGUUUUCGAAUACCUUUAGAUAUCACUGACAAGAGUACAUGUGAUAUUAAAAAAGGCACGCAAUUGGCAGAUCUCAUUCGGAAAAUGUCUUUGAUAAUUUGGGAUGAAGCACCUAUAGCAAAUAGGUAUUGCUUUGAAGCUCUUGACAGAUCAUUGAAAGAUAAGGAUGACCAAUCAAAUGUUGAAAAGAUGUUUGGAGGUAUGACUGUUGCUCUUGGCGGCGAUUUUAGACAAAUUUUGCCUGUUAUUCCAAAAGGAAAAAAAUUCGAUAUAAUGCAAGCAAGUUUAUGUUCAUCUUAUCUUUGGGAAAAUAUAACAGUGUCGAAACUUACAGAAAACAUGAGAUUGAAGAAAAAUGACAGUAGCACUGCAGAUUUGGAUGAGAUGUUUGCUUUUGACAAAUGGUUACUUCGUAUUGGAAAAGGAACAAGCGUAUCAGAAGAUGAAAGCUUGUUACAAAUUCUAGAUGACUUAAAUCUUACUGUAGAUUGCACUCCACAAGAGACCAUUCUCAAUGUUGUUUUCCGAGGUCUAUGUGAUCAGACAGAAAAUGUUGAGUAUAUAAGGGAGAGAGCAAUUCUUACAGCAAAAAAUGACGUAGUUCAUGAAUUUAAUGAGUAUAUUAUUCAGACGUUGCCAUCAGAAGGAAGACAUACUACAGUUCGAAUACAACUUGCAAAGCAGGAGGAAUGUCAAAUGAUGAUGAUGUCCUAUAUCCAAUUGAAUUCCUAA